AUAAUGAUCCUUGUGUUAUGGUAGGGGGAAAAUUUCACUUUUUAGAUAGCCCAGAGAAGUGAAAAUAUAUUUGUUCGAUUCAAACUUUCCUUCUAAACAGUUAGUACCAAAAUUGUUCUGUUCCGAAAAACUAUCUGUGAUUUUCAACAUUCAAUAAGUCAAGCAAAACCGUGUCUUAUUCAAGCUGUAACAAUUAUAAAGUGCCUGUUAUAAAAAUAGCUUUUUCCUAUGGGUUCUUGGCCGGAAAACGUUGGCAUUCUAGCCCUGGAAAUAUACUUUCCAUCUCAGUACGUGGACCAAACGGAGUUGGAACAAUAUGACGGAGUUUCGGCUGGAAAAUACACGAUCGGUUUGGGACAACAAAGAAUGGGAUUCUGCAGUGACCGAGAAGACAUUAACUCGUUGUGUUUGACGGUGGUAAAGAACUUACUGGACCGUUACGACAUAAAACCCCAAGAAAUUGGACGACUUGAAGUAGGAACGGAGACAAUAAUCGAUAAAUCUAAAAGCGUGAAAAGUGUGCUGAUGCAACUUUUUACACCGCAUGGUGUAACAGACAUUGAGGGGAUUGACACUACCAACGCCUGUUUUGGUGGUACCGCGGCCUUGUUCAAUGCACUAUCAUGGUUGGAAUCUUCAGCAUGGAACGGUCGCUAUGCUUUAGUUGUGGCUGCUGAUAUAGCAGUCUACGCUAAAGGGGCUGCAAGACCUACAGGGGGAGCUGGAGCAGUAGCUAUGCUAUUGGGCCCCAACGCACCGUUAGUAUUCGACAGGGGAGUGAGAGGAUUCUUUUGCAAACACGCCUACGACUUCUAUAAACCGGACUUAACAUCCGAGUAUCCUGUAGUGGAUGGGAAACUUUCUGUUCAGUGUUAUUUAGAAGCUUUAGAUCAGUGUUACCAGUCUUACUGUAAAAGUGUAGAAAAGAGGUUACAGACGCCUAUAAACAUCAAUUCUUUCGACGGAAUAUUGUUUCAUACACCAUACUGUAAGUUGGUUCAAAAAUCGGUAGGAAGGUUAGCUUUAAAUGAUUUUUAUAGAGUAUCUAAUGACAAAAAAGAACAAUUAUAUCCUAAUUCAGAGAGAUUUGUUAAUGUUAAACUAGAAGAGUCAUAUUUUGAUAGAGAUAUUGAAAAAGCUUUUCUAGCUUACAGUAAUGAAGCUUUUGCUCAGAAAACCAAACCGUCACUUCUAAUAGCAAGUCAGGUAGGAAACAUGUAUACUUCCUCGUUAUAUGGUGGUCUAAUAUCAUACUUAGUUUCUAAAGAUUUACCUGAACUGAUUGGUAACAAAGUAGCAUUGUUUUCUUAUGGUUCUGGACUAGCCUCAUCGUUUUUUUCCCUCACAAUAAGAAAUUCAAACGAUUCCUCUCUCGAAAAAAUCAAAACUAGUCUAAGUUACGUCAAGCCGUUGCUUGAAAAAAGAACAAAAGUAGCUCCAAAGGACUUUGAAAGUACUCUGGAACUAAGGCAGCACAGUGCCCAUAAAGCUCCCUAUGAACCAAUAGGUGACAUAUCAUAUUUCACUCCUGGUACUUAUUAUUUGGCUAGAAUUGAUCAACUGCAUAGGAGAACUUAUGACACAGUAGGUAAAAAAGUUUUAACUAAUGGCCAUUCAUAGAAAAAAUUAUUUUGUAGGUUUAUUUUAGUUAAAAUAUUGAUUUAGAUGUUUUAUUGGUUUAUGACAAGUAAAUAUAAAAAGUAAUUCUCUAGGUUACCCUUAUCAAUGUAUUAAUUUAUGAUUAUUUAAUCAAAAAUAUAUUUCACUCAAGUCACCAAGACAUCGCGUGAUGUGAAAAUAGAAAGUAUUAUGUAUAUUUUACAUAUUUGAUAGGCAAUAUACAGGGUGGUUCGAAUUAUAUUCAGGAGACUUUGGCAGCAUAUUCUGCAGAUAAGUAAAAAUGUGUGUAUAAGUAUAAAUGUAUGUUCCAACAUACUUCGUUUUGAAAUUUUAUAUUUAUUUCCUUUUUUUCCAAAUAUUUUCUGAACUAUAGUUGAUAAUUGGAUAAAAGUUGAUGUCUGGGUGUUCUUUGACGUGAGAAAUUUGAUGUCAUCGAUGUCAAAAUGUCUCCUACUAUAGGAUGCGCCACCUACAUGUUUUUUAACUGUUUUGAAGAGUAAUAACUUUUCAUCCGUACCUAUAUAAAACUACUGGCUGAAAAAUAUACUUUUCCGUGAUUUUUACGUAAAAAUAUCUCUUGGUAAAGAUCGCUACGAGCAACGGUUAUCAAAAUAUUUAGAAUGGAAAUAGUCAAUACGUUUCAUUGACAAAAAAUAAACAUGCUGAGUAAAUAGUUAUUUGACUGAAACGAUAAAUUUAGGUACUUUUUAUUUUUUUUUAAAUUAAUCACAAUUUUUUUUCGAAAAAAUUAUGAUAAAACAGUUUUUGUUGAAUCUUUGGCACAAAAACAUUUCAAAUUUAUUAUUUCAGUCCAAUAACUAUCUAGUCAACAUGUUUAAUUUAUGUCAAUGAUGAGAUGUAUUGAUUAUUUCGAUUCCAAAUAUCUCCCGAAAAAAUCGAAAUAAAAAUGAAUCUUCCACACCCUGUAUCUCCGAAACGAAGCAUUUUAAGACAUUUAUACGAACUUUUUUACUUAUUUUUAUCUGCAAAAUAUGCUGGCCAAGGUUCCCAAAUACAAUUCGGGCCACCUUGUACACCAAGAUGUAUUAAUUAUUUUCAAAGAUGAACUAGAAUUAAAUGAACCAGAUCUAUUAAUUUUUAUUUACAAACAAUUAAUUAUACAUUAGUUUUAUUAAAAAUUCCGAAUUAUAUUUACGUUUCUUGUUAAAAGAUCUUUUUACUUUACUGCGUUUUUGUUUAUAUCUUUUUCUUAUCAGUAGAAUCUUUAAUAUGUAAUUAAUGAGUCAACUUUGUCUGAUUUACUAAAAAUUAGAUAAUACGAACAUAAAAUUUUGAACUUUUUUAAUGAGCAGGUGAUUGCCACAGGAUUUUUUAAAAAUAUCAUUUUGUAUUCUUGGGUUAUUAGUAUUAUUUUGAUAAUUAUAUCAUGUGUAGGUGUUGUGCAAUGUAUUAAAUUAUAAUAUAUAAUUUUUAUUGAAAUGAAAUUUAUUAAUAUGGACCAAGAACCUAUUUAUUCUGUUCUUGUCAAUCAAAUCAAAGCUUUAAGAAACACCAAAAAUUGAAAAAGAAUUUGUUACUGCAAAAAUUAUAUUUAUGAUGCCAGUCUACUUAAUUUAAUAUUAUUGAUAAAAUAGAUAAUAUGCUUCUGGUUAGGAUGGAAUUAGUAUUUCGGUAUCAUUACAUAGUUGUCUUUAGUUUAAAUCAAACUCCCAGUUAUAUUGUUAAAUAUUUUAUUGUUUAUCUGUUUAAAUAAAAUGUUUUAAAAGUA